CUGGAUACAGUUUUGAAUGCAGCCAAUACGAGUUAAAUGUAUUAACAAUUGAAGAGAAAAAUCUAUUCUUCCCCUUUAUUUCUCCAUGCUAGUAGUAGCUUUAUUGUUUUCCACUUUAAAUUCUAAUAUUUUUGCUCUUGACUUUCUAGUGUAUUGAGUGUAGAAGGCUGUAGAUUUUUGGUGGCUUUGGUACAAUGUGUACAGAAGCCGAAAAAAAAAUACAAUUUAAGUAAUUUGCAAUCAUUGUUUUUGUGUGGGCGGUACGGUGGACGACUGGUUAGAGCGUCAGCCUCACAGUUCUGAGGACCUGGGUUCAAUCCCCGGCCCGCCUGUGUGGAGUUUGCAUGUUCUCCCUGUGCCUGCGUGGGUUUUCUCCAGGCACUCCGGUUUCCUCCCACAUCCCAAAAACAUGCAUUAAUUGGAGACUCUAAAUUUCCUGUAGGUGUGACUGUGAGUGCGAAUGGUUGUUUGUUUGUAUGUGCCCUGCGAUUGGCUGGCAACCAGCUCAGGGUGUACCCCGCCUCCUGGCCGAUGACAGCUGGGAUAGGCUCCAGCACGCCCGUGACCCUAGUGAGGAGAAGCGGCUCAGAAAAUGGAUGGAUGGAUGGAUGUUUUUGUGUGUGUUUGUGUAUUUAGGUGAACGUUUGAAAAAUUAAUUGGUGAAGAAUCAACAAUGGGUACAUACUGAGGGAGAAAUUUGCCAUUCAAACAUUCUUCCCGUUAGAUGGCGUGAAAGGACCUGUGACCUUUACGUGUUGGAUUGUUUAUCUUCUUAAAAAUGCCAAAGAAUGUAAUGUACAUUGAUGGAAUUUUACACAUUAUUGUGCAUGCACAUUAAGAUAGACAAGAUCAAUUUUACUAGUCUGUAUUUCAUGUUGUUACUGCCUUUGAGUAGCCUAAAUGGGAGCAACAAAGUGAAUGAGACCAACAUGUGAUGCGCUGCACUUUAACACCAGUGCAAAAAUGCUACCAUUUAAAACAACAACAACAAAAAACCAUGCAAAUACUUUUUCUUUCCUGCAGACUUAAGUUGGUACUCCAAGAGUUAAAGGGUGCAUACAUGUCCCUAAUGGGUCCGAGGCCUGAAUAGGAUUUUUUCGCCACACAUUCUCCAGUGCCAUGGCAACAGUUGAAAAGCUGUGUGUUAGCCAGGAGACGUGCAGGUUUUGCCAGGGAAAACACCAGUUUAGUUUGUGAUCUGUGCCAAAUCAAGGGGUCCAAAUGUUUUCCUUGUCAGAGUUGGUUUCGCUGGAGCAGCACGAGAACAGGUCCAAACUGCUGAAGCCAUGGUGGGAGGUCUUCAUGGACUACACGGUGGUCCUGAUGUUGAUGACCUCCGUUCUUGCCAGUACGGUGCAACUGUCCAGGGACAAAGUGGUGUGCAUUCCUUUGAAUCCUCUUGCCUCAGUAAAUUCAAGUUACAAUCCCUCAGACUCUUUAGCAUCACAGUUGCCAGCACAUAUUGCACCUGACGAUGGCCAAAAUCUUCAUUUGACUCCUUCGGGUCGACGCACUCAUCUAGUUUACCAGCAGUAUGUCUAUGUUAGCCAGGUGUGCGCCCAUGAAAUUUUGCCUUGGUCUUCCCGAUUCUUCCCCUACAUAGCACUGCUACUGUCUCUAAUGUUGGUGGCCAGCGGCUCCUUCUGGCUCCACUUCCCCCACACGUCUGCGUGCAUCGAGCACUUCCUGGCCAUCUUGGCAAAGUGUUGCGAGUCACCGUGGACGUCCCAGGCCCUGACCCACACUGCCCGACAGGAGAACCUCCAAGACAAACCAAAAGUGCCACAGAAGAGCCUCCAUGGCCACUUGAGAGUCGAGUCAAACCCAUUCAGGCCAUUUUUGAAACAGUCAGAUUCUCCCACUCCUCCUUCGCCGUGCCCUUCCAGUCACUCCAUUGAUUCCACUGUGACCGUUAGGCUGACCAGUUCCUCGGCCCACUUCCCGACUCACAGCCCUCCUUGUCCAAAGCAAGGAAUUAGUCUUGAUAAAAGUGAUGGUGAGGAGGCCAGGGCCCUGUUUGAACGGGUUAAGAGAUUUAGAUCCCACUGUGAAAGCUCAGAUGUCAUUUACAAGGUGUACUUGGCCCAGACGAUAUUCAAGCUGCUGAUGGUAACUCUGAUUUUGAGUUACAUUGGCCCUCUUCUCAAUGCUUUUUCUUUCACCCACAUUUGUCACCCUGAGGUGCAACCCUUGGUAGCCUACACAACCUUUCAGUGUAUCCAUGUGCUCUCGUCCCUCCUGCACAAACUGCUGUUGACCUACUUGACCUUAUUGGGACUGUACGGCCUUCUUAACUUUUACACCCUCAGCUGGAUUUUGUACAACUCUCUCCGGGAGUAUCCCUUCGAUUUGCUGAAAGAGACAAAGUCCCAGAGAGACAUGCCAGAGCUGAGGAAUGACCUGGCCUUUCUUUUACAUAUGUUAGACCAGUACGACCCGUUGCUGGUCCAGCACCUCUCUGUUUUUCUCUGUCCUGACAGUGAGAGUGAUUUGCUGGAUACACAUUUGGAGGGACACUGGGGGAAGGAUAAGCUGCGUGAUUUGACUACUUCUGACCACCGUGGGCACACCUGUCUGCAGCUGGUUGCCCUUCCUCAACUUCCUCCUGCCCUCUUUACACUCAGCCACCUUCAGGUCCUCAAACUGGAGCUCAUCACAGACGCUCGUUUUACAGUACAGGUGUCCGACAUGACCUCCCUUAGGGAGCUCCACCUCUACCAGUGCACAGCAAUAGUGGAGCCCAGUGCACUCAGAGUCCUCCAAGAACGACUUGAGGUCCUCAGCAUCAUCUUCGCCCACUCAUCGGAGAUCCCCAGCUGGGUUGUCUCCCUCCGCAGCCUCCAUGAGCUUCACCUAUCUGGUCGCCUGGGGCGCAGCUGGCCUCUCAGGAGCCUCAGAAACUUGCUUCACCUGCGUGCACUGGUGAUUCACGGCAUGCUACAGCAGCUCCCUGGAGUGCUGCAUGAGGUGGCUGGCAGCUUGGUGAGGCUGGAGGUUAGUAAUGAAGAUGCCAAACUGCUUGGAGUUUCGAGCUUGAAGCAGAUGGUCGACUUGACAGAGCUGCAGCUUCGGGGUUGUCAGCUCGAGCGUUUGCCAUCUUCCCUGCAAGCUCUGACCAAACUACAGGCUCUCGACAUACACAAUAAUAGGCUGCGAACUCUGGGGGAACUUUCUCGUCUGGCUCAUCUCAAUUGUCUGUCUUGCCUCAGACUUUCCAAUAACCACAUCGGAGCUCUACCUGCCUGCAUUGGUGAACUGAAAGGACUUGUGGUCCUUGAUCUGUGCAACAACCAACUCCUGAAUAUUCCUUUGCCACUCUUCUCUCUUUGCAACCUUCAAAAGCUCCUGUUGGCUGGGAACCUGCUUGAGAGGCUCCCUGCAGAGGUGAAAGCACUGCAACAGCUCACAGAGUUAGACAUCAGUAGGAACAGGCUACAGAGGCUGCCUUCAGAGUUAUUCACUAACUGUAUGAAGCUUUGCCUUUUAAAUGUAUCACACAAUUCUCUUCGAUCAUUACCAGUGGGGAUUUCAUCCUUAAAUCAUCUGUGCAAGUUUGAUCUGCGUGAUAACAGUCUGUGUGAACUGCCUGCCGAAUUGGGCCGCUGCUCAGGCUUGCGUGGAGGUGGUCUCCUGGUGGAAUAUUGCAUUUUUCUCUCAUUGCCUCCACGUGCGAGGGACUUCUUGAGCAAUUCUUGCUGCUUGGGCUCAAAUGAGUCAGAUUUAGACGAUUUUCCACACUUUUCUCCUUCACAGUGGCGAUUCUCAUCAGCCAUGGAAUCACAGAUAUGAGACUCCUGGAAUUGAUUUUCCAAAACGCUUGUCCUUAAUAGAGUCGUGGGUGAGCUGGAGCCCAUCCCAGCUGACUUUAGGCGAGAGACAGGGUACAUCCCGGACUAGUUGUCAACCAAUUGGUAUAGGGCACAUAUCAUCACUGGAUGGAACUCUCCUAUGCCCACAUUUGAUCAAUUUCUUUUUUCUUUAUUUACAAAUCGAUACUUCUUGGUCAGUCCCCACAUAGUUCAGUUAUUUUUACAACUUACUGACCAAUCUAAAGUAUUGAAAAUGGCUUGUUCUUUUUGAUAAUGCAAUGUUAAUGGCUCAACAAAGUUUUUUGUUUGUUUGUUUGUUUUUCCCGAAAAGUGAUGGUUUUGGAGAUGCUGAAAAUGUAUGGUUUUGAAGAUGCGGGGAUUCCGCUCGAUGCCAGCGAUAUAGACAAACAACCAUUCACGCUCACGUUCCCACAUAUGGACAAGUUUUAAUUUUUAAUUGACCUAACAUGCAUGGUUUUGGAAUGUGGGAGGAAACUGGAGUACCUGAAGAAAACCCACGCAGGCAUGAGGACAACAUGUGAAGGCAACAUAUGCAGGAAGGCGGGAUUUGAGAUUUGAUAACAGAAUCUUGGAACUGUAGAGCAAGCCUGCUAAGUACUAGUAAACUGCUGUAUUGAUGAGUUAACUUUAAAAAAAUAUUCUGUUAGCAGUGGGUAGCUGCACAUUGAUAUGUAUAUUUUCAUGCAAUAUUGAUUCUUUUUCAUGUGAAUUUUCGAGAGUUGCCCACAUGUUCAUUUAGACAUGCAAUUUUGCUGUUUGCAUCGUAUAAACAAGAUUGCGCAAUCAGACAAUGCAUAUGUACUUAAUGUCUGGAUGUUGCUAACUUGAUGCUUUCUGUCCUAGCAAGGGCAUAAUUAUUGUGCUAGCAUCUGUUUCACCGCUCUCAAAACCUCUUCAUUGCUUGCUCCAAAGAGUUUUCACUUUUCACUAUUCAAACGUUGCUACACUGCAAAAACUUUC